CGGGUGUUGUGCGUGGAUGAAAAAGAAAACCGCAACACAACAUAAAACAAUACAACAAAUAAAUCAAAUCCUGAACUGUUGAUCCGCUGAUUCUCUGGCCGGAGUCGCACCUCCAUAGCGUCGCCGGCUUUACACCUCACACCCAAAGAGAGGGAUUCCCAGUAAAAUUAGACCUCUUUUUCAUGGUCCUUCGAGCCGGAUAAAGCCACUAUAAGACGCUAUGGAACCAACAGAGCGUGAUCACCUUCCUGCACCCCAGCCUUCAUCCCAGAACGCUACAGAGGAUCAUGUCCGUCCUCAGCGAGAGCGACACCUACCCCGCUAUCUAAGUGACUUCAUGAUGAACGAUGAACCUCAACAACCAGAUGAACCUCUAAUUGAUCUAGUCCCCCCAUCUCCACAGCGGGCUAGCGAAUCGAGGACCACAUCCGUGAGGAGCAAGUACACGUCACGAGCUUCAUCUCAAAGCAGCGGGAGGUCACGCCACUCCUCAUCACGGACUGCCUCCGAAGUUGGUCCAGGUUCCCACCGCAACUCUCUGCGCUCAGUUGCCGGCAUCUGUCUCCAAAACGCUCUAUCACCAGUUCAGGAAGCGAUACUAACAGAGAACAUCCAACGCUUGGAGCUUGAGGAGCUGCAGUCACAGAUCAAGGAGGAAAACAAUGCUGACUUGGAGUGCCAACGCCUAAACACUCAAGCCAGGGAAGCCCAACGCCUACAGCAAGAAACACAAGAGGCACGCGAAGCCAUCGCUAAGCGUAUGGACAGGCAGCGGCGACUCAAGAGGAAAGAGAAAGAGCUACAGGUAGCUAAGAUAGUUACCUCAUUACUUCAAAAGCCAGAGAAGGAAGGAUCCAGUGGCGAUGAAACAUCACAUAAAGACUGCCAAUCUUCACCGGCUGCGGUUAACAACCUAACUGAAGGCGGUGCAGGCAUAACCUCUUAUCAUCCUGCUCCUCUACCACAAUCUUCGCGACUGCCUCAUCAAGCUAUCAUGGGGCCCUCACUCCAGCUGGCCUACUCCGAGCCUCCUCUUGCACCACAGAGCACGCCGCUUCCAUCAGCUCAGCCAGCACAGCACUACCCGAGGGCUGAACCUGUCAUCAACCCUCGUGAUAUGAACACGCUACAACAGGUGGCUCACCCUGCUGUAACCUCCACUUCGGUGCACCCGCACCCCGUCACACCAGCUCAAGCUGGGCUCCCCAUUCAAUCACACCAAGCCUCUGCAGUUCCAACUGGUACUUAUGGUCCACAGCAGUCUUCUACAGGACUCAAGACCGGAUCACAUUUCACCACCAGUUCAACUCUCCCGCACCAGCACAUGAACUCGUUGGUCCAACCUGCGGUUCCCGUUCCUUCACGAGGCCCAGCUUAUUCAGCACCAGAGACAUUAAGUAACACUCUAUAUGGGGUUCCACCACCAAUUCUACCUGUAUUUGAACGUGACCGAGAGAGUGACUUUGCCCUUCUCAAGAUGGCUCUGGACAACCUGAUGGGCGGCAGUGGACACCUAACUGAACAAUAUACGUAUCAGGUGCUUCUCAGCCAUUUGAAACUGCCCAGCGCUUUACACCUAGCUAAGGCCUAUAUGUACGACCCCCAGCCUUACACGACGGCCUUGCAUGCUUUACAAGACAAAUAUGGCCAGCCGCGGCAGCUCGUCCAAUCAGAGCUAGGUGCUAUCCUCAACUCACCCGCCAUCAAGUUCGGCGACGCUGAGGCCUUCGACUCAUUUGCCCUCUCCAUCCAGUCUCUGGUGGGCAUGCUGGGGACACUUGAAGGCCCAAAUGGGUUCGAGCUGAGGUGUGGAUCCCAUGUAGAUCGGCUCUUAAGCAAAAUGCCUCCCUCUUUCCGAGACAGUUUCAUCGAAUAUUGUCUCAACCGCGGGGUCCUCCGAACAGGGUCCGACCUGACUUACACCCUGCCUGACCUAGCAACCUGGCUCCAGAUGAAGUCACAAGCAAAGCGUCUUUCCAGUCGAGCAGCAGCGCUCUACCAGCACGAAACUCAUAAGCCAGUCAAGAAAGAUCGUGCCCCACAGUAUAAGGAGAAGACCACGACCAUCUUUCUCAACGCUAGAGAGCCUCCUAACCGAUCACCUCCUGCUCAUUCAAAGGCCAAGUUCAAAUCCAACCCAUAUUGUCCUUACUGUGACAAUAAAGAUCAUUUCUUAAACAACUGUGAAAACUUCAAGAAGCUGUCCACAGCUGAAGUUGCGAAAUGGAUCCGAGACGGGAAGCGGUGCUUCAAGUGCGGUCGCAAUCACGCUGCCGAGAACUGCAAUUUGAAGCGGCCCUGCAAGCUGUGUAAAGAACUACAUCUCACUGUUCUGCACGAACCCAGCCAACAGAUCCAAACCAGUGUCAACAUGGUGACCACACCCACUGUGAGAGUCUACCUCGACAGGCCCAACCGUUCACAACAUGUGAUGCUGAAGGUGGUCAAAGUGAUUCUUCGGAACGGCGACCGGGCUCUGGAGACUCAUGCUGUCCUCGAUGAUGGCUCAGAAAGAAGCAUCAUCCUCCCUCAAGCAGUGCAGCAACUGAACCUGCAAGGACAACCUGAAACUCUCUAUCUACAAACGAUCCAACAGCACGUCGAACAACUCCAGGGCAGUACUGUCUCAUUUGAUAUCUCUCCUUUGUGCAGGCCUUCCCAGAAGUUUCGGAUCCAUCACGCCUUCACCGCUAAAGGGCUCAACCUUGCCGAACACUCCUAUCCAGUGGCCGCACUCCAGCAAAGGUAUGAGCACCUCAGAGGACUGUCUUUACCGCCAAUAGAUCAGGUGCACCCCAUGCUUCUGAUAGGCUCAGAUAUGCCACACCUCUUGGUUCCCACAAAGCCAGUCCGUGCAGGUCCACCGGGUGGUCCAGUUGGAGUCUGCACCCAGCUAGGUUGGUCACUCCAAGGUCCAACCACACUUGUCCAACCUACAUCAACUGUGCAGUGUCUUCAUAUUUCUGCCGCAUCCCCUGCCACAGAACUCUUCAAGCACGUCGAGCUCCUAUGGCAAGUUGAUACGCUCCCUUAUAGUAACCCAAGAGCAGCUACCCGCUCCAAGCAAGAUCAGCAAGCUAUGGUCAUGCUUCAAACACACACCACCAGAGUCGAUGUUGAUGGAGUCCUGCGGUAUGCCACCCCGUUACUAAGACGAGCCAAUGCUACUCCGCUUCGUGCACCAAUGGAAGCGGUGUUGCCCUGCCUUCGCAGCAUCGAGAGGAAGCUUGCCAAAGACCCGAAGAGAGCAGAAGUUUACUGCAAAGAGAUAUGGAAACUGGAGAAGGCUGGCUACGUUGCACAAGUAUCACCAGAAGAAGCUGAGCAGACUGAUGAGUCGUGGUACAUCCCUCACCUUAUGGUCAACCACAAUGGAAAAGACAGGAUCGUCUUUAAUUGCUCAUUCCAACACCAAGGACGUUCGCUGAACGAACUUCUCCUUCCUGGACCCACACUUGGACCUACCCUGCUCGGUGUUCUCAUCAGGUUCCGCCAGCAUGCCGUGGCAGUCAGCGGAGACGUGAAAGGCAUGUUCCACCAGAUUCGUUUGCUACCCACCGACAAAUCAGUACUGCGCUUCAUCUGGAGGAACAUGGAUAGAGAGCAGGUGCCUCAGAUUUAUGAAUGGCAAGUCCUUCCGUUCGGGACAACGUGUAGUCCCUGCUGCGCUAUCUAUGCACUCCAGCAGCUCAUUCAAGACAGUGCAGAGUUCGAGCCUGGCCUAGCAGAGACAAUUGAAGGGUCUUUCUAUGUGGACAAUUUUCUGCACAGCAUGUCUUCCUCUGAAGAGGUCAAGAGAUUGAUCGACGACCUCCGCCAACACCUUCAGACUGGAGGGUUUGAAGUCCGUCAAUGGGCAAGCAACAUACCCACCGUGGUCGAGCACCUUCCUCCUGAAGCACGCUCUGAGAGCUGUGAGCUGUGGCUUUCCAAGAGUAGCAAUGAUCUUCAGGAACCUGCCCUGGGCUUACGUUGGAACUGUCUCAGUGAUUCCCUUGGCUACAAACCUCGUCCUAUAGCAACAUCAGUACCCACACUGAGAAACCUAUACCGGAUCCUUGCUUGCCAGUAUGACCCUCUUGGGUACAUCGUUCCAUUCACUACUACAGCGAAAGUUCUCAUACAAGACCUGUGGAAAGAGGAAAUCGGAUGGGAUGAUCCAGUUCGACCUCAAACCCUGCUGGACAGAUGGCGCACUUGGGAACAAGAGCUUCCUCACCUCAUACAUCUAGAGUUCCCCCGACCAUAUGCUCCACCACAUAUGGACACAUCGACCGUAACACGAGCACUCCAUAUAUUUUGUGAUGCAUCGGAGCGAGCUUAUGGCGCUGUUGCAUACAUGCGGACUGUGAACGAACAGCAACAAGUCCACGUCUCGUUUGUGCUGGCCAGGUCUCGAGUUUCCCCACGGAAGCAAUUGUCCAUGCCUCGCUUGGAGUUGAGCGCUGCCCUUGCAGGGGCUCAACUACUUGACGUCCUCCAAAGAGAGCUCACGGUGCCUAUUCACCAAACAGUCCUUUGGUCCGACUCCACCACAGUGCUCCACUGGAUCAAGUCAGAGUCUUGCAGGUACAAAGUCUUCGUCGGUACACGAGUUGCGGAGAUCCAGAACCUAACUGAUCCCAUCAGCUGGAGAUACGUGAACUCCGCAACCAACCCAGCAGAUGACAUAACGAGAGGUCUAACUCUACGUGAGUUGAUGAGUCCGCACCGAUGGCAUCAAGGUCCAGACUUUCUCCACCAAUCAGAGGAAUGCUGGCCAACCAUGCCUUCUGCUGAAUCUGGAUCUAAUGACAUUGAGCUGAAGAAAUCUGUCAGAGUUGGGAACAUGACAAUUCUUCCGGGUCCUCCAGUCCCUGUUAUUGAAGAUUUCUCCUCAUGGAAAGAUCUCCUACAGGCCACAGCUAGUUCCCUUCACGGGGCGGCUAAUUCCCAAGCCGAAAACCAGCUCUGCGAAGCGACUGAUUAUAUUGCUGCUGAGGCUGCUCUUCUCAUCAAAGCACAGCUCGACUCGUUUCCUGACGAGGUCAAGGCCCUCAAGGUAAACCGGCCUCUUCCGUCUGACAGUCACUUGUGUUCUCUGUCGCCAGAGUAUGACGAAGUUACAGGUCUUCUGAGAGUUGGCGGUCGAUUACGGCGAGCUGGACACUUGGAGAUCGAUGCAAUUCACCCGAUUGUUUUGGAUCCACACCACCCUGUGACAAAACUGCUAAUCCAAGACUAUGACAGCACUCUUCUCCACCCCGGACCAGAGCGAGUACUUGCAGAAAUGCGACGCAAGUUCUGGAUUCUACGUGGGAGGGAAGCAAUCCGCAAGCAUCAACACUCCUGUCAAGAAUGUCAGAGGUGGAGAGCUAAACCUGAUGUGCCCAAGAUGGCCGACCUCCCAUCCUCAAGACUACGGCUGUACAAGCCUCCCUUUUACUCCACAGGCAUGGAUUGUUUCGGGCCAUUCCACAUCAAGAUAGGCCGACGCCACGAGAAAAGGUGGGGCAUCUUGUACAAGUGCAUGACUACACGCUGCAUUCAUCUGGAUCUUCACGAGAGCUUGGACUCGGAAGCCUUCUUAAUGUCUUUACGUCGUUUCAUCUCCCGUCGUGGCACCCCAUUUGAGCUGCUUUGUGAUAACGGCACUAACUUCGUUGGAGGCGAUCGUGAACUGCAGGACGCCUUCACUGCCAUGGCACCCCCACUGAAGGAGCAGUUGGCCAAACAACGAAUCAUAUUUCGCUUUAACCCACCUGCAGCACCUCAUUUCGUCCUCAUUGAGGUUGAAGGCAUCCUGAACGCAAAACCAUUAGGUUACCUCUCCUCAGAUGUCGCGGACCCAGACCCAAUCACUCCAAACAUGCUGAUCAUGGGACGUAGGGAUUCGUCCUUACCACAAGCAGUGUAUGAUUCUACCAACCUCCUUGGCACACGUCGCUGGAAGCAUAGUCAACUGCUGGCUGACCAUUUUUGGUCCACCUUCAUCCGACACUAUUUGCCAUGUCUUCAAGAAAGACAGAAGUGGAGAAAAGAUGGCAAGCAACUAUCAGCUGGCCAGGUGGUCCUCAUCGUCGACCCGCAACUUCCACGGUCGCUUUGGCCAGUAGGUAAGGUCACUCAGACUCAUCCAGGAGUGGAUGAUCGCAUCCGCACUGCGACUGUACAAGUGAAGGACAGACAGUACCUGCGCCCUGUAUCCAGGUUGGUGCAGAUACCGUGUCUUCCAGAUACACAGGACACUGAUUAA